AUGGAUGGGCUGCAGAGGUUCCUGGAGAUUUACAUGCUAGAGGUGAGGCACAAACUCUAUAACUACACCAUUUGAACUGCCCCUAGUUGUCUCCUGCAAGUCAAAAAAGUGACUAUUUAUAGAAAAUAAUGGUUAAAUUUCUGUGAUGGUUUCUAUAAUCCUUUGCCUCUCAAAUAGCUUUCAUUAACUGUCACUUGCAUAAUACCCACGUAUGAGCCCUAAAUAUUUGGUCAUUCUACAUAAGUUUUUUUACCAGGCCCAAAGGUGACCAUGGUAGUUGGACAGUUUUGUAAUUCUAGUUUCCCUGUUGAAUGCAUAGUGAGAUGUAGCCAAGCCUCUUUAUGAAACAGAGGUUUGAGUUGACCUUAAGAUCAGUUAAUAAUAAUAAUUGAUAUAUUAUGAAAAGCAGCAAGACUUUGUAUUAAAACAAAAUCAACUCUUGCCCUCUUGUGCACAAAGGCCUGGUUUCUCACUGCACUGUAAACUAUACUAUUGUGUUGCACAAAAUGACAUAAUACAUAAUCAAGACACAUAGGAAAAGGGUGAAUAGGAGACAGUUGGAUAUUUAUUCAAUUAAGUACAGUAGUAUCAACAUUAACUGUUGCAUGUUUUCCUUUUUUUAUCCUGAGGUUAUCUCUAUGAAGUUUGCCAAAAACCCUUGGGCCUGGGGGAUUCAUGUGUGUUGUACAGAUUGUUAUGAAGCGAGAGAAGUAACUGAUGAUGCAUUUGGCGACAAAAAGUUCCAGCACCAAAACCUGAACAGAAUUGAUGAAGCAGUGCGAGACGUGUCAAUGGCCUAUGGACUUGCUGCAGUGCAGAGCUUUAAAGCAAGUGAACUGUUUCCUACUCAAGCCUCACUUGAUGCACAUAAAAAGGCUAAUGGAAACCAUCAUGACUUGUUGUUGAGUUCUUUCAACAAAUGGAUUGAAUGCCAGAGCAGGAAAGUUCAGUUUCGUUAUCAAAGCCAGCUAUUUACCCUCUUUGGUCCCCUAAGAGAAUUGUACCUUUCAUAUGUGAAGUUUGGUGAUGGUGUUGCCCUUGAAGCUGUUUGGAUGUUGAUGCUACCAUUAUUUGCCCAGCUGCAAAAACGUAAUUACUGGACAGAAGCUUUCGCACAUGUUGUGAACCUUACUGCAGCAUGGCCUAUUGUUACACGGAAGCUGAUGCAAAACAAUUGUUCUGUCAGCAUAAAAGGAAGAGAAGGACAUAAGAUUGCCCUUGAUGAAUGGGUGGAACCAUACCUGGUGCAACCUCUGAAGAAUUAUGCAACAGGUAAGCUGCUACUGACAAAAACAAAUGUUGCCCGAUAUUGAUUCCUAAGUAAUUUAACGAGGGUGGUGAGGGGGGGUUACCCAUAAGAGUUACGUGUACCAAUUCUUUCUGAAAAGUUGUUCUUGGCAGCAUACAUUUUGUUGUUUAGUACCCUAAAAGGCAUAAGGGUAACUGUAACAGUGGUCAUUUUUUACUCCAACACCCUUUGUUACUGAACUGCGAAUUUUAAACCCUUAAAUAGGUAUGGUAAUCUUUGUGUGUGCAUUAUAUCUUUAAACCCUCAACCCAACUUUUUCUUUAUUGAUAUGUUUAGGACAUUCAGGUGUGGAAGUCCUCAAGUUGCUUACAGUGAACUUGGAUGCGCUUGGGGCAAUACGAAAUGCUUACGGAGGUCGGGAGGCUUUUAAUGUUAAUUUGACAAGCCGCCAUAGUGAGCAGAGCCCAUUUCCGGACCAACUAAAAGGAAUGUGGUUUUGUUUGAAACAAAAGUUCUUUGAGCCUCCUGAGGACCAGGAUUUCAUCCCAAAGCUCUCUUACAAGGGUGAAGAAAUUGGCAGGGUUUCUACCACACUGGUCAUGUGUAUGAGAAAGGAAAAGACAACGUAG